AUAAACUAUUUGAUACGGAGUCCUAAACAUGCAUUGUGGAGGAUUAUUCCUGACUCUUUUGCUUCUUAUGGUUACACGCGACUCAGAAACGUGUUUUUCACGGCCCAGUAUUAGCGCGGUGGAAGGGGAACCCUUUUUUCUGAAGCAUUGCUCCUCUUCCCACACRAGUGAAAAUGAGGAAACCUCUGUAAGGUGGUACAAAAGCAGCAAGUCGAACGGACGCACUGAGCUGAACCCAAGCAGCUCUCCCAGAAUUACUAUGUAUGACAACACUUUGGAAUUUUGGCCACUAGAGUUAGAAGACCAGGGCUCUUAUUUUUCCCAAAUGGGAAAUGAUACUCAGGAGCGGACAUUAACCGUCACCAGAAGAAACAUACACAGCUGUUUUAAUGAAAAACAAGUAACUAGCAAACCUGUGGGAGUUGAGAAAGCUUUGGAGAUUCCAUGUACAAAUGAUUACUAUCAGAAACUGAUCAAGAAAACAUCAUUAUAUAAGAACUGUGAAAAGUUAGCUGAAGACAAUUCUAGCCUAUUUAUGAGGAAGAACGCYGAGUUCAGUGACCAGGGAUUUUACUCCUGUGUGUUUUCUCUUUAUCAUAAUGGAAAAUUUUAUAACAUCACCAAAACCUACAACAUAAUAGUAACUGAAGGUCAGAAGAAUAUGGCUCCCGUUCUUAUUGGACCAAAGAUCAAUUAUGUUGAAGUGGAAUUAGGAAAAGAUGUACAGCUGAAUUGCUCGGCUUUGAUGAAUGAAGACGACAUAAUUUAUUGGAGCUUCUGGAAAGAAAUGGACCGAUUUAGUAAUAUACAGGAGGAAGGAAAGAAAACAUGGAUCUCAGAAGGCAAAUCUUAUGCUUCAAAAAUACUGAGAAUUGAGAAAGUUAAGGAAAACGACCUAAGUUUUUCAUAUAAUUGCACUGUGGUCAAUCAGGAAAAAACAGACACCAGUAUGUUCAUCUUGUUGAGAAAAGCCAGCAAAGAUGACAUCCCAGGCCACAUCUUCACUGGAGGAAUGAUUGUAGCGAUUUUGAUCUCGGUGGUGGUGGUGUGCCUAGUGAUGAUGGGUAUCAUCUAUAGAGUCGACUUGGCUCUGUUUURUAGAAAAUUAAUGAGAAGAGAUGAAACACUAAAAGAUGGAAAAACAUAUGAUGCUUUUGUGUCUUACCUAAAAGAUGGUUGCUCGGAGAAUGCAGAAGAGUACACUUUCGCUGUGGAGACUUUGCCCAGGGUGUUGGAAAAACAUUUUGGGUACAAGUUAUGCAUAUUUGAGAGGGAUGUGGUACCUGGAGGAGCUGUGGUUGAUGAAAUCCAUUCACUGAUAGAGAAAAGCCGAAGACUGAUCAUUGUCCUCAGUAAAAGUUACAUGUCCAAUGAAGUCAGGUAUGAACUUGAAAGUGAACUCCACGAAGCAUUGGUGGAAAGAAAAAUCAAAAUAAUCUUAAUUGAAUUUACACCUGCAAGUGAAUUCUCAUUCUUGCCUCAGUCAGUCAAGCUCUUGAAAUCCCACAGAGUGCUGCAAUGGAAGGCUGGUAAGUCUCUUUCCUCUAACUCAAGAUUCUGGAAAAAUCUUCUUUAUUUGAUGCCUGCAAAAGCCACCAAGCCAAGCAAAGGAGAAUCAGAAGCCUUGCCUAUUUUUUCAGCGUAUUGAGCUCCAGAAAGCGGGGUAUGGGAAAGUACUCCAGCUGUUCUGGGGAGCCAGCMCAGGAGCCUGCUCAUCACAAAGGCUGUUGUUUAAAAUAGACGACUCUAUGAACAUCCUGCUCACAGUUCAAAGAUGAGAUCUGUCAUCAGGUCAUUGGGGAUAAGACCAAACAUUGAGCUGUGGUACUUCUGGAAAACCCUGGAAUGCAAAAGAAAUGGAGCUCUUCUUUCUUCCUCUUCURAAACUGCUUGCAGCUGCUCACACCAAUCAGCUGAUUCAGCAAGUGUGAGGCUGGGAACCUUGYAAAUCAACUUUUGCCUUACAUGGAGGGUGCAUCUUUAAGAGUUUUCAAUGCUAACAAUUAAUUUGAACCUGAGGAUUUUAAGGGCRCAAGGAGUUAUUUUCUAUGAACCACUGGAUGGUAGUCAUGGGAAUGCUGCCUUCAUCCCCCCAGCACUGGCCAUCAAUCUCUAAAUUCAUGGGACGUGGAAGGAAAGAGAGGCCUGAUGAUGUGCAGAGCAGGGAAGUGAGGAGGGCCGCUGCUGCAAGCAGGGUCUGAACCUCAAGAUAUGGGUCCUGUGGCCCAGCCACAGUUUCGAGGAAACAGUUCUUGGAACUCCAGAGAGGCACUGCAUGAACCUGGUUUAUUCGAACCUGUUCRU